AUAAAUACUGCUCUAAGAAAGGGACAGGAAGUCUCAGAGGUUGGAGAGCAGAGCACCAAGAUCGUUCUGGCAGGAACAGCCAGUGGGAGGUUCCAGCUGAGCGCUCCCCAGAGGUGAGCUGACCCCCAGCCACAGCACACAGGACCAGGCUGCGAGAACAGCAUCAUCAGCAUCAUGCUAUUACAAUCCCAAACCAUGGCGGUUUCUCACAGCUUUACACCAAAGGGCAUCACUAUCCCUCAAAGAGAGAAACCUGGACACAUGUACCAAAACGAAGAUUACCUGCAGAACGGGCUGCCAACAGAAACCACCGUUCUUGGGACUGUCCAGAUCCUGUGUUGCCUGUUGAUUUCAAGUCUGGGGGCCAUCUUGGUUUUUGCUCCCUACCCCUCCCACUUCAAUCCCGCAAUUUCCACCACUUUGAUGUCUGGGUACCCAUUUUUAGGAGCUCUAUGUUUUGGCAUUACUGGAUCCCUCUCAAUUAUCUCUGGAAAACAAUCAACUAAGCCCUUUGACCUGAGCAGCUUGACCUCAAAUGCAGUGAGUUCUGUUACUGCAGGAGCAGGCCUCUUCCUCCUUGCUGACAGCAUGGUAGCCCUGAGGACUGCCUCUCAACAUUGUGGCUCAGAAACGGAUUAUCUAUCCUCAUUGCCUUAUUCGGAGUACUAUUAUCCAAUAUAUGAAAUCAAAGAUUGUCUCCUGACCAGUGUCAGUUUAACAGGUGUCCUAGUGGUGAUGCUCGUCUUCACUGUGCUGGAGCUCUUAUUAGCCGCAUACAGUUCUGUCUUUUGGUGGAAACAGCUCUACUCCAACAACCCUGGGAGUUCAUUUUCCUCGACCCAGUCACAAGAUCAUAUCCAACAGGUCAAAAAGAGUUCUUCACGGUCUUGGAUAUAAGUAACUCUUGGCCUCAGAGGAAGGAAAAGCAACUCAACACUCAUGGUCAAGUGUGAUUAGACUUUCCUGAAAUCUCUGCCAUUUUAGAUACUGUGAAACAAACUAAAAAAAAAAAGCUUUUGUUUUGUA